CCUCUCCACUCCCAGUCCCCCCCGACUGUCCUCUGAACUGUGAGACAGCCUCCAACCAGCAACAUCACCAACCACCAACCACCACCAACCACCACCAACCACCGGCAGCUCCACCGGCAGCUCCACCAGCAGCUCCACCCGCCACCGGCAGCUCAGUGCAGCCCUCAGCCACAUGCAGCAGUGCAGGACCAGCCUGUAGGAGCUUUCAGCAGUCCUACACACACUCUUACUCACUCUUACACUCUCACACACACUCUCACACACACUCUUACACACACUCUUACACACACUGUUCAUGAUCUCACUGCAAUGGAGGAGCAGCAGGCAGGAGCUCAGCACUCAGCAGCAGCAGCAGCAGGACUCUGCAGGACGUGCAGGAGGAGCAACAAGCAGAAAACUACGAUGUCUUCGUCGGGUGGCGUUUGGCUCUUGGCGGUAGCGGUGGCGCUGUGCUCGUCUCGAGCCUCGGCGGAGACGCUGUGUGGAGGAGAACUGGUGGACACCCUGCAGUUCGUGUGUGAAGACAGAGGCUUUUAUUUCAGUCGUCCGUACAGGUCGAACAGCCGGCGCUCUCACAGAGGAAUAGUGGAGGAGUGCUGUUUUCGGAGUUGUGAUCUCAGCCUGCUGGAGCAGUACUGCGCAAAACCCGCCAAGUCCGAGCGAGACGUCUCCGGGACGUCACUGCAGGUCAUUCCUGUCUUACAAACUCUUCACAAGGACGGCACAAAAAAGCCCAUUAAUGUGAAGUUCACCAAAUACGAGGUGUGGCAGCAGAAAGCCCAGAGGCUGAGGCGAGGCGUCCCCAACAUCCUUCGCGCCCGAAACUUCAGGAGGGAAGCAGAAAAGGCCCAAGCCCAGGAGGGAGCUGAUAUCCACCGGCCCCUGAUGACCGUCCCCAACCGACGCCCAGCCAUGCUCCCUCCCGCCCACAGCCACGCCCCCCACAACUGAACCCAAACGUGCCCAACGAGGCGCCACGGAAAAAGGGAUUAUUACUAAAAAAAACCCCUCUUGCCUUCUUCAACUGAGGCAUUCUUCACGAACCUGCCAUCCCAGCAUCCUUUGUUGCAAAAUGCAGAUUUAUGAACGUUCUGUGUUGCUUCUUACCCAACCCAGCAGAUGAAGAGAUGUGUAGAGAUGAAUGUAUGAACUGAUGGAAUAAACGCGACUGGAGAGAUCGGAGAAACGACGACUCUGAGACUCUGAGACAGAGAGGACUUCCAGAACUGAGCGAACUGAACUUGAUGAUGAAAGAGUCAUGAAAGAUUGUCUCGUUACGUCUACAAGUCUUCGUUAGGUUUUCGAGUUUUCGAGUGUGAAAUUCCUAGAAAGUCUUCAAUUUUGAAAGUCUUCAUUCCACGAAAUCCAACUCCUGAGACAAAGACUUGUGAUUGUGUCUCGUUUGCACCUGUGAUUAAAAAGUUACACAUUACGGAAAACCGCAACGUCCUGUUUUGUUUUUUUUGUUGUUUUUUUGUUAUUUUGGUAUUUUGCUAAAUUAGAUUCCUUUUAAUGCACCUUUUCGACCAAACGACCCCCUUUUCUGGUGCAAUAAUAAUAAUGAUGAAGAAGAAGAAACAAAAACAAUCGGCAGGUUGCACAAUGCCACGGACAAUGCUAACGGCACUAUUGUUUGUCUUUUCUUUGUUUUUUUGUCUUAUGUUUUCUACGAACUGCUCGAUGUGAUAAUUUAAUGGUGCUACCUUUGGGAACGAGCUCAGAGGAAGAUCAGAGGAGAUCGAAAGCAACUUAUUAUUAUUAAACUCAUGUUGUCGUGUUGUGUUAAACUUUCCGUUUUAGGAAAACAAACAAACAACAAACGAAGGCAAACGAAAGCAAACCAAUCAACAAGACGAUGCUAGAGAGGCGAGUCAAGAGUUGCUUGAUUGGGGGAGGGGCUAAAGGUGGUGUCUGUAAAGGCCUAGGUCUAGGUCUUCUAGGUCUAGGUUGAAGAAAAAACAUGGAGGAAUACCGUUGUUUGAGGAUAUCUGGAUCAUUCCCGAGUCAUGGAUGGUUGUUGGACUUUGAGCAAGAGCAGAUUUAAGACGUCACCUACUUGUACCAUAGCAUUCCAGUCUAAAUCCUCGCCGUGUCAUUUCAUUUUAUCCACUUCUUCCUGUCUUUACUACAUAUAUACAAAAAUACUGCAGUAUAAAAAAACGGAACAAUCAUUUCGGCGGGAACAGCAAUAGCGUCUUCUUGCGUAUCUUCAGUGUACAACAGUAGUAUUCCAGUGCUUUUGCUUGAAAUGAAAUACUUGAACAUGAUAUGUAUGUAAUUCGUCUCCGGGGACAUCAUAACGUCGUUGGCCUUGUGAGUAGAGUCUGUAUGAGCAUCUUGUCUUCUUGUCUUCUUUGCAGAAUGAGCCGCCAAAAGCGUUUUUAUUUUUUAUUUUUCCUUGGUUCACCUACAAAUAAUGGCACUGUAUAAAGGCAUUAUUUAUUUUGAUAUGAGCAUAUGAACAAAACAAAAAAUUAAUAAAAAUACGGUCCCAAUGAUGGCACACGUCUGUGCUACACUAUCGUUUUAUUUGUACUGCUUGUACAUGUAUGUAGAUGCUUUGUACCAAAAAACAUCUCUUCUUUUUUUAAGUAAAGUCAAUGAAUGGAA